UCUUGCCGGUGGGCGUGUUUUCUGUUCCAGAACGAGGCGGAGCCUGAAUUCCAAAGUGGAACGAGUUUCCUCCCGAUACGUCACUCUGGGAUAGGCUGCGAGCUACCGAGCAACGCUGUCAGUCAACGGGGUUUCGGUCUGGUUACCUACGCGUCCUCGGAACGGGACCCCCAAGCAGGAGAAAGUAGCCUUGCCCAUCGCGGGUUUAGGCUCUGGGAUUAAAGUGAUCGCCAGUCCCACAGCUUUCGUCGAAACUGCCAGUGGGGAUUCAUGCUGUGUUAGCUAAAUGCGGUACGAAGCUAAAAUGAUGCCGAUGUUCCUGACAGUAUACCUCAGUAACAAUGACCAGCAUUUUACUGAGGUUCCCGUUACCCCGGAGACGCUGUGCCGGGAUGUGGUGGAGUUGUGCAAGGAGCCGGGGGAGACAGACUGCCACCUAUCUGAGAUGUGGCGUGGAUCUGAGCGAGCUGUAGGUGACGGGGAGAGGAUGCUGGAUGUGCUCCAACGAUGGGGACAACACAGGGCAGAGGUGCGCUUCUUUCUGCGUCACAAUCGAGCCCCUAGCAGGGAAUCGGGUGGGUCAAGAGGCUCAGAGCCAAAGAGGAAUGGCGUAAAGGGUCCCCCGGACAGAAGAAUCGAGAAUGGGGUGGCGACACCCCGGAUGGACAUGACACUGGCCGAACUACAAGAGAUGGCUGCCAGACAGCAGCAACAGAUAGAAGCUCAACAACAGCUCCUCGCUUCCAAGGAGCAGCGGCUGCGCCACUUGAAGCAGCAGGAGCAGCGUCAGCAGCAGCAGGCCUCUGAGCAGGAGAAGCUGCAGCGCCUCCGAGAGAACAUUGAGAACCAGGAAACUCGGCUCAAGAAGGUCCGGGCCCUCAAGGGCCAGGUGGAGCAGAAGCGCCUCAGCAAUGGCAAACUCGUGGAAGAGAUAGAGCAGAUGAACAACCUGUUCCAGCAGAAGCAGAGAGAACUAGUGAUGGCUGCGUCCAAGGUGGAGGAGCUCAACCGACAGCUGGAGUUGCUCAAAAAUGGCAAAAUGGACAACUUCCAUGACAACCAGAGCUCUGUGGCUGAACUAGACCGCCUCUACAAGGAGCUACAGCUGAGGAACAAGCUCAACCAGGAUCAAAACUCUAAGUUGCAGCAGCAGAGAGAGAGCCUGAACAAGCGCAACCUGGAGGUGGUUUCCAUGGACAAACGGAUCAGUGAGCUCCGAGAUCGGCUGUGGAAGAAGAAGGCAGCUCUGCAGCAGAAAGAGAACUUGCCUCCUCAGAUGCCCUGGCAUUCAGAGCUCACCCAUGCCAACAAUGGCUAUCCUGGUAAAGAGAGGGCUUCAAAAGACACUCAUCUUCAGCUGCCCUCUGAAGGCCAAGCCGGACAGCAGUCAGGUCCGUCUCGCGUGGCAGCAGUUGGCCCAUACAUCCAGUCAUCCACAAUGCCCCGGGGCCCAGUGAGGCACGACCUGCUUGUAAAACCAGCCUACCCAGACGGCACUGCCACCCUUCCAGCCCACGACCCGCAGAGCAAGGCUAGUACAGCAGGAAAAGAGGAGACUGGGACACCUGCUGGUUGCGAUGUCACUCUGAGCUCAGAAGGCCUUCAGCCAUCCAAGCUGGCAGACUGGGGCUCUUCAAGUCCAGAAUCCAACACCAACGGUCAUGGUCCAGCUUCAACACUGCCACGAAUGACCUCUCACUCAAACUCUAACACAGAACAAGAUGAGACGGAACUGAAGAGGGACAGGAAGGUGCGUCCAUUUUCUAUGUUUGAGCCAACGGAAGCUCCCACCACCUCCCUCCGCAAAAACCAGAGCAGUGAUGACCUGGUUAGAGAUGCCCAGUCUGCUCCCAAGGCUCCAGUCAAGGUGCCUCCUCCUGUGCCCACCAAACCGAAAGGCCCUGGUGUCGUGCCCUACGGCAAACCAGGCCUCAACACAGGCACCUUCCCUAAAGCCAAGCCCCUUAGCCAGCAGCCCCAGGCUGCCCAGGGCCGCGGCCCACUCCCACCCUCACAGAGCCAGACACUCCCCCUACCCUCCAAGCAGGACACUCCACCUGCAGCCACGGUACGGCCCUUCACCCCAGAGCUGCCCUCCUCCAAAGACCCCAGCCUGAGUAAGCCCCAGACUUUAGCAGCCAGCUCCAUUUAUUCCAUGUACACACAGCAGCCUGGCGUGGGGAAGCCCUUCCUGCCUGGUGUGCAGGGUGCUCUCAACAGGUCUCAGAGCCGCACCAAUGGAUUUGUCAGUGUGUACGGUAAACCAGUGAUCCCCAGUGGAGGCGCCCAACAUCCAGAGAACCCUUACCUGGACCGCCGCUCCCCUGCCCUAGAAUCUGAGGUGGACCACAGUGGAGCCAACAACGUGGGCCCCAGCCCAUCUGAGGGCCCCCAACCAGAAACGGAGCGCAUCCCCCGGCCCCUCAGCCCCACGAAGCUGCUUCCCUUCAUUUCAAACCCCUACAGGCAUCAGAGUGAUGGUGACCUGGAAGCCCUGAGAAAGAAGCUCUACAAUGCCCCAAGGCCCCUGAAGAAACGUAGCUCCAUCACUGAACCAGAGGGUCCUGCAGGGCCCAACAUUCAGAAACUACUCUACCAGAAGACCACACUGGCAGCUAUGGAGACCACUGUGACUACACCAAACACUCCCGCCUAUGCUGGUGAAGCAGAGAAGGCAGUGGAGGGAUCUGUUCCAAGCCCUCUAAGUGGUGCAGAGAACCACCCAUCAGAGACGGGACAGACUCUGGAGGGAGGACAACUCCCAUCUCACAUCCCAGGUGCUAAUGUCCACAUUCCAGCCCCUGCUGAACAGACCAAACCACCUUCAGCCAUCCCAGAGAGGGAGAAUAUUAUCCCGCCUCCUCCCCCAUCCCACCCAGCCCCCAGGCCAGAUGACGCUCUUUUCCCACCACCACCCUCUGCUGGCUUGGAGGACAUAAUACCUAACCUUCCCCCUCCGCCUCCCGAAGGCUUCCUGGAAGAGUUCCCCCCCUACCCACCACCCCCAUACCCCAGUGGAGCAGAGCAGGACAGCUUGGGAGAGGACACCUUUAACAUGAAGGCACCUGAGGUCACUGGCCAGGUCACUCUGCCACCGGGAAAGAGGACCAACUUGCGUAAGCUUGGCUCUGAACGCAUCGAUCACAGCAUGAGAGUGAAGUUCAACCCACUGGCUCUGCUGCUGGACUCCUCUCUGGAGGGAGAGUAUGACCUGGUCCAGAGGAUCAUCUAUGAAGUGGAGGAUCCCAGUCAGCCCAACGAUGAAGGCAUCACUGCUCUACACAAUGCUGUCUGUGCCGGACAUACAGAGAUUGUCAAGUUUCUGGUUCAGUUUGGUGUAAAUGUCAAUGCUGCUGACAGUGAUGGAUGGACACCUCUUCACUGUGCUGCAUCCUGCAACAAUGUGCAAGUGUGCAAGUUCCUGGUGGAGUCUGGUGCUGCAGUGUUUGCUAUGACUUACAGCGACAUGCAAACAGCAGCUGAUAAAUGUGAAGAAAUGGAGGAGGGCUAUACCCAGUGCUCUCAGUUCCUAUAUGGUGUCCAAGAGAAGAUGGGCAUCAUGAACAGGGGCGUAGUCUAUGGUCUGUGGGACUACAAUGGUGAAAACCCCGAUGAACUGCCGUUCCACGAGGGAGACUGCAUGACCAUCGUCCGCAGAGAGGACGAGGACGAGAUUGAAUGGUGGUGGGCACGUAUGGGGGAUGCUGAGGGUUACAUUCCUCGCAACCUCCUUGGGCUGUACCCCAGAAUAAAGCCAAGACAGAGAACCCUGGCUUAAAACACAAAGAUCCCUGCACAUUCCAGUCUGCCAGAACUCUCCGAAACACACACACACACACACAGGCUUUAACAUACUGGGCAAGAGAAGGACACUGCUGAAAUGAAGAGGCAAGGACAGACCAAACAAUAUGAAGGAUCAACUAUGAACUCUUUCUGGCACUUUUUUUCUGUAUGUACAACAGAGGGAUUCUCCCUCACUUAUUUUUUCAGGCCACACUGUUUACUGUGUACUUAAGACACGAUUGGCAUUGUUUUUCCUUUAUUCCACUGUUUUUGUUGUUUUUGUAAUUGUCUGAAACUAUUUCUAAAGUGACAGAAACUCAAAUGUUGGGAUGUAAAUGGAACAGCAGUAUUUUUUUGCUAGAAAGUGAUUUUUACACUUUUGAAUAGUCAUUUAAAACUUGUUUUCUGGGCUACUGGUUAUUUUUUAACACACUUGGGGCUCUACAUUGCAUGAGAUGAAUGAGUGGAUGAUGAUGAUGAUGAUGAUGAUGAUGAUGGUGCUUUUGAAUUGUUCUGUUACCAUGACAAUCUUUGGGGGCUUGUUUCUCAUCAUCUGUGUUGAGUGACUGCGCCUCUGUAUAUUUGCACUGGAGGUGUAAAGUUUCACUUGUGACCGCCACUGUUCUGUCUAAAUAAAUAGAAAAUGAAAUAAUUGGUGGGAAAAACGGUGGUCAAGCUUUUGAUUGAUCUAUUGCUGUUUAUUCUGUGGUCUACGAUACCCAGAAAGCCAGUCCGCUUUCCAGCAUUGGCACAUGGCUGAGAUACCAUAGAUAAAGUGUAAACAUGUAUUUUUGUCACAAAAACUAGUGAAAUAUUACUGUAGGAAUAAUACUGUUAUGAAAAUGGACUUUCAAACUCUAAAGAGGCGCUUUGACCAAGAUGUCAUGCAGUAUGAAUUUUAAUAUUCCAGGCAUUUCAUGACAAUACAAUAAUGUAAGCCUAAUACCAGAAACCUUGACUUUUUGUAGUAAUCAGUAAGAGAUGACACUAUUGUGAAGUCAGACACAAUUUCUAAGUCAAAUAAAAAAAGACAAAUAAAAAAGAUGGAACUUUUAUGUUAUGAGUUCCCAAAACUCAGCUCAUCACAUGUCUGUGUCAAUGCAGAUGUAUUUAUUUUUGUUACCUUUUUUCUUUAGCCCUUUUGUCAUAACUAUAACCACAAAUGUACUGUAGUAUUUCAAACAUUUACAAUAAAAUACUUUGUACCAAG